UCGAGCCUUAUGUAUGUAUCUGUCGAGAGGGGAAGAGGGGAAGUACUUGACUUCUCCGAAUCAAAUCAUGCGGCGACUAGUGAGGAGCUGAAAUGCAGCUUCCCGUGCCUCCGAAGUGGCCUGCCUGGAUUUCUAAGCUGCUCGAUCUAAUUGCUUCUUCCCCGGUCGGCAUAUGGAUUCUUCUCACAUGGCGUCUCGGAGUAUCUUCAACAGUUUCUCACCUCAAGAGCAGUACCCCGCCUACCUGCGUCAUUAAAGAAUUUAUCCAACAGCCUCGACACAUUGGAUCGAUCGGUAUUACAAACUAUCAAAUACAUAUCAAUAGAACACACAAUUAGAAUUACACACAGAACUCCUUGCCCCCAAUUAUGAUUAUCCACAGCCGUAGUUCCUGGCCAAGUACUGCCAGAACUUCUUUUUUUUUUUUCUUGAAAUUAGUAGUGAACGUGAUGAGAAUCGUUAGAUUGGUUUCAUCA